AUGCCGUGGUAUAAAAUAAGGGCUCAGGAGGUGGUGGUCAGCUACCUGCCUCUGAGCCACAUCGCGGCCCAGAUGGUCGACAUCUGGAUCGCCAUGAAGAUCGGAGGGGUGACUUACUUCGCUCAGCCCGACGCCCUGAAGGGUUCGCUGGUAGACACUUUGAAGGAGGCGCGUCCGACGGCCUUCAUGGGCGUCCCACGUGUCUGGGAGAAGAUGCAGGAGAAGAUGAAAGCUGUUGGAGCAAAGUCUUCCACCGUGCGAAGGAAAGUGGCUGCCUGGGCCAAAGACGUGGGUCUGCGGACCAAUCUGAGCAAGCUCAACCAGAAUUCGGCACCAGGCAGCGCUCCGGUCAGCUAUCACGUAGCCAAAAAGCUUGUGUUCAAAAAGGUGCGUAAGGCCCUGGGCCUGGACCGCUGCACCAAGUGCUACACAGGCGCCGCCCCCAUCACCAAAGACACCCUGGAGUUCUUCCUCAGCCUCAACAUUCCUCUUUGCGAACUGUACGGCAUGAGCGAGAGCAGCGGCCCUCACACCAUCUCCCGCCACGAUGCCUUCAAGCUCACCAGCUGCGGUAUCGAGCUCCCAGGGUGCAAAACAAAGCUGCACAACAAAGACGAGGAGGGAAACGGCGAGAUCUGCUUCUGGGGACGCCACGUCUUUAUGGGUUACCUCAAUAUGCCCGACAAGACAGAGGAGGCGCUGGACGCGGAGGGCUGGCUGCACUCGGGUGACCUGGGCAAGCAAGACGAGAACGGGUUCCUCUUCAUCACCGGGCGGAUUAAAGAGCUGAUCAUCACAGCCGGAGGCGAGAACAUCCCUCCCGUCCCCAUAGAGGAUGCGGUGAAGGAGGCCGUGCCGCUGAUUAGCAACGCCAUGCUGGUCGGAGACAAGAGGAAGUUUCUGUCCAUGCUGCUCACCAUCAAGUGCCAAGUGAACCCAGACACGGGCGAUCCACAGGACGAGCUGACGCCAGAAGCUGUGGAGUUGUGCAGGCAGCUGGGCAGCAAGGCCACGCGCGUCUCCGAGAUCUCAGGCGGACGAGACCCUGCGGUCAACGCUGCCAUCCAGGAGGGCAUCAAAAGAGUCAACGAGAAGUCCACCUCCAACGCUCAGCGCAUUCAGAAGUGGGUCGUCCUGGAUCGAGACUUCUCUGUCGGCGGAGGAGAGCUGGGCCCCACCAUGAAGCUGAAGCGGCCGGUGGUGAUGAAGAUGUACAAGGAGCAGAUCGAUAACUGUUACAAGGACGUGGCGUCUCCAGCAACCCCCGACAACCCGCUGCCACCCAAAUAGACCUGCUGGGACCAUUUGCAUCAUUCAGUCCACUGCUGGGUUCCUCCUGUAUUUACUUUUUUUUUUUUACUGCCUUAAGUCACGCUCAGUCUGUCUCAGUUUACAUUUAUGAUUGUUGUCCAGAACAGAAGCCAAAUGAGGUUAAAUUGAGCUUAUUUAUUUGUAUUUCUGGAAGGACCAGUGACAUGUGAUCGAUGAAGUAGCAGCAGCUUUACGUAAGGAGCUGCGACGCGAACCGGAAUACUUGAUAACAACAGGAUGUUUUGGGGGUUUUUAUGAAUAAUUUGUGUGUAUUUAUUUUCACUUUACCAAAGUUUGUUUACCAAAUGAGCAUCGGAUGGAGUGAAAUCCCACAAUCACACGUUCACAUGUGCUUAGUGUUUCUCUCGUCUUUGAUUUCGCUCCUUUUUGUUGUUUUUUGUUUUCUAAAUGUCAAAAAUGUUCUGCUGUUGAAUUUCAGCUAUCGUUCUCAGUAUGUCAUGAAGCCAUAUCUGUUGCAUUUUGGUGUCUGUCAGGUAUUUUGAUUUGUGACCUUUUUUUUUUUUGUG